AUGAUUCGAUUUAAAGAUAUAGUUUUUCAAGCAAAGAGAAUAGUCAGUGAGAAAAUAUCGCGUUUGAGGUAUAUAAUUAACUUACGUAAGGGUCACUUCGCAGUAUACGUUGGAGAAGAAGAAGAAAAGACGAAAAGAUUUGUGGUUCCAAUCUCUUAUUUGAAAUAUCCUUUGUUCCAAGCUCUCUUGCGUCAAGCCGAAAAUGAAUUUGGCACAGAUCACUCGACGAAAUAUCUUACGAUCCCUUGUGCUGAAGAUGUCUUUAUUGACGUCACUUCUCGUCUAAAACCGAAUUUAAGUACUAGUAUUUAUUUGGUUUGA